GUAUUAACAAGAGAUCCAGCGAAGAAUGAUCGCGGGAACGCCCGGAAGUAUAGUCGAAGAGUCAGAUUUCUACGGGCGAUUCAUGAUCGGAAAGCCUGAGUUGCUCGGUCCUACGUAGGAUCAACUGGAGACUGAGGGUCACCACGAGUACUGAUAGCUACGCCCUGUCCCAGAUUGUCGACAAAGAUUUCAAGGCGCGACGUAGGCUUCCCCGAGGGACGCUCAUCGAGUUCUUCCUCCCAGACGAUGUGGCGCUCAAAGAUGAUUGCACUCGACUUUCUCCCCUUGAACAACAACUUGAGUUCGAGCGCGUUACAAAUCGGAAGAAAAUCACGAGAGAAAUGAGUUCCACUCUGAGCGAAGGCACGAUCGUCGGCUUCGGCGAUCCGCUGCUCGAUAUCACCGCCAACGUCGAUGUUUCGCUGCUGGAGAAGUUCAAACUCGGACAGAACGAUUCGGUUCCCGCAGGACCGGAGCACGCCGGUCUCUCCGAGCAGCUCUGUCGCAAGUACGCGCCCCGCUACACGGCCGGUGGAUCGACCCAGAACACACUCCGAGUGCUCCAAUGGAUCCUCAGGCAGCCGAGGAUUUCGACGAUGAUCGGAGCUAUAGGAUUCGAUCAGUUCGGAAGGUACCUGGAACAGAACGCCCGGGAAUGUGGGGUAGACAUCCGUUACCACUACGACAACCAGCACCAGACAGGAACAUGCUGUGUGCUUGUCACGAAGCGCGGCAUGAACCGAUCGCUCGUCACUACUAAGGGAGCGGCUGCUCACUACUCGGAGCAACAUCUGCAUCGGGUUUGGGACAGCGUUGAGCGUGCGAAGUUCUUCUACGUGACAAGUUACUUCCUCUGCGGUAAUCUGGAAACCGUUCUGAAAGUUGCUCAUCAUUCGCGACGCAAGGGAAAAGUCAUGUGUUUGAACCUGUCGGCUCCUUUCCUCAUGGAUCUUCACCGGGAGAAAAUUACCGCCAUCCUGCCGUACGUGGACAUAAUCUUCGGGAACGAGAGCGAGCUCGACGCGUUCCUGAAAUCCCACUCGAAGCAGAUGAGCCGAAGGGAGGGAUCGAAGUUCCUCUCCACCUUCUUGGCUCCCGUCCCUCGGGUCGUCGUAAUCACCUGCGGGAACGAACCCGUCAUCGUUGCGAAUGGUGGCAACCUCACCGAGUAUCCCAUCUCGAAGAUUGAUCCCGAUAGUGUGGUUGAUACCAACGGAGCCGGUGACGCGUUUGUUGGUGGAUUUCUAGCUUUCCUUAUCAAGGGCUGUUCCAUCGACGUGUGCGUCAAGAACGGCUGUCUGGCAGCGUUGGCGAUCAUCCAAGAACUGGGAUGCACAACCCCGGAGAGGUCGAAGGUUCGAUUUUACUCAGACAGGACAAUGGUCGAACCUCGCAUUCCCUGCAUCACAUUCCGGCAAAUCAGCAUCUCAUGAAAAUCUUUCGGGCUUUGGUGGGUGACGGGUCGCUUCCAACCGCAACGCAUCCUCCCGGAGUUCCCUCGGACCGGAGCUCGCCUCCUCGCUCGAACUUGACAAGUAUCCCUGUUUUCAGGUUGAAUUCACCGACGACAAGUUCAAUGAAGUGAUCGAUGAUGCUGCUUGUGAAAGCAAAUGACAAUGCACAACUUAUACAUAAUUGCGAAAAUAUCUUAGAGGCCAAACGCUUUUUGCUAGAAGCCACGUAUACAAAACCCUGUAAAUAAAUCCUUCCGAACAUGAG